AUGCUGCUGCUCGUGGUCACCGCAUCCGUUGCCAACGUGCUUUUUGCUGUUGGAGUUGUAUGCAUGCCCCUAUCGGACCAGGGGCCCCACAUCAGCCAGGGCUGGGGCCAGGUGGUGCGGCUCCGGCACCUGUACGCCGCCAGGCCCGGGCUGCACCUGCUGAUCAGCGGGGACGGACAGAUCCACGGCUCCGCGGACCAGAGCGCGCACAGCCUGCUGGAGAUCCGACCAGUGGAUCCGGGCUGCGUGGUCAUCAGAGGGGUCGCCACCACACGGUUCCUGUGCAUAGAGAGGGACGGCAGGCUGUACUCAUCGCACACCUACAGCAGAGACGACUGCACCUUCAGGGAGCAGAUCUUGCCAGACGGCUACAACGUCUACAUAUCUGACAGUCAUGGAGCUCUGCUCAGUCUGGGAAACCAUCGGCAGAGGCUGCAGGGUUUAGACCGAGGCGUUCCAGCUCUGGCCCAGUUCCUUCCCAGGAUCAGCACGCUGGAUAAGACCUUGUCCCCUGAACCAGAUGCAAAUCCUCAUCAGCUGAGUGCAGCUCAAACAGAAGAGCCUGUUGACACGAUGGACUCAUUUGGAAAGCUCUCUCAGAUCAUUCACAGCCCUAGCUUCCACAAGAGAUGA